AUUAAGGGGACGCAAAUAUGUCGCAUAAUUAGAAAACUGGUUUGACAGCUCUAUUUUUAGAAGCACCUGGUAAACAGGUAAACCUCACCCGCUGAUAAUUUUCGACGGACAUAAACUUUUUGUUUUCGAUUAAUAAACCAUUAUGGAUCGAGAAAACGAAUGGAAUGCUGAGGUUACAAAGAUCUAUCACACGAAUUAUGUUCGAAACUCUCGUGCAAUCACUGUGGCAUGGUUCAUUUUCGCUGCGUGUUACACUAUUCUCAACAUAGUGGCCUUCCUUCAGCCAUACUGGUUUGGGGAUACACAGGAAAGUCCAGGCGUUGGUUACUUCGGACUCUUUGAAUGGUGUGAACGCAGAGAAGGCUCCGACUACACAUGUCAAGGAAGUUUUACUGAUUUCAACACCAUCAAGAAUGCCUAUUUCCAGGUCGGAAGCUUCCUUAUUGGAGGCGCCGCUUUGCUGUUCAUCAUCAGCAUCAUCCUUAUGGCGCUGUUUCUGUUCUUGAAAGCCAGAAUUGUGCUGCGCAUUUGUGGAAGUCUUCAGCUGAUUGCAGCCAUCUUCAUGGCAGUGGGCUGCCUUGUCUAUCCAUCUGGUUUUGAUGAUGACGAUGUUCGCCGUAUCUGCGGCAGUGAUGCUAAACGCUACAGUAUGGACAAGUGCCAGAUCCGCUGGGCAUACAUUCUUGCAAUAGUUCUGAUCUUUGACGCCUUCAUUCUGGCCAUCCUGGCCUUCGUUAUCGCCGCCAGACAAGCCAGGAUGUUCCCAGAGUUCAAGAAACUGAAGGAAGAUAUGAACUACGGCAGAAAGUGGAGAGACAAUUCACAUAUCAACCAUGGUUUCAGUGGAACAUUAACUCGGAACAGUGCCCUACCCAAGCCAAACUCUUUAUCACUUCGACAACGACACUCUUACACCAACUUAAACCAAUCAAAACUCGCCAAUCAGCCCAACAUCUCUGUUAAGGCCCAGUCUUCUGGGGCUAUGAUCCCAGCAGAUGUACCAGCAGUACACAGUAGUUCUCCAUCUUCCAACAGGUCAAGCAAUGCAAGUUCAAGGUCUCAGAGGUCUAACAGAAGUUGGUCCAGUAAAGAUCGCCAGACUGUCUCUGGGACAUCGUCUCAGAGGCUUAGUGAAAGCCACUCUGAGUCCAGCCUUCAGGGUUUGGAUGAUUCAAAGUACCAAAUUCCCAACAAAAAUGAGUCUUAUGAGAAUGAGAACACAACUACUAGAAAUGCGGUAUCUGGAGGAAACGAAGAAACCGCAAGCUCUAAAUCUAAUCCUGGAAGUGAAGUUGCCAAUGACUCUAAUGGAGAAGGGGAGAAUCAAACAGAGAUGGACAUACAUUUAUGAAUAAUUCUUUAAAAGACUCUGGUUUUAGUGUGAUAUUUGCCAUUGUUGUACAUCUAGUGUGAUGAUGACUUUUUACUAAGAAAUUUUAACUUUUCAUUCAGAUUGAUGCAAAUGCUAAACAUUACAACAUAUUUUCCUUCUGAUUUGGCUACUUUAGCAUGCAUUUGUUAUUCCUUUUCUGGUAAAAGUUUAAAAUCAUGAACUAGAAGUACUAUACUGUUUUCGUACUUGAAGUUUGUUUUAAAAAAAUGGCUUUAUUGUUGACCACUGCACUGGCGGCAGUUUUCCUUAUCUGAUAUGAUUUGAAUAUGCUUGACUCUUCAUUUUUUUAUUUUUUUUUACAUUUGUUUGCAAGAUUGUGAAGUGAGUUAUUUAUACAUUUUAUUUCAUAACAUUGUACAUUAUCUGGGAUAUUGAAUAUCCAUUUUGUGCUUAUAAAACAAUUUUUCUUGAAAUUUCUAUUUUUUAUUAUUAUACACUGCUGAGAGUUGUCUGGAGAUGUUUACUGUAAAAAUAGUUUCAGUAGAACUAUUUGUGUGCACUUUGUAGUUACUGCAACUAUAUUACAUAAUUGCUUUGUAUAUUUGUUAUUGCCAUUUGAAUUGGUAUAAUUGUACAAAAUAAAUAAGCUGUAAUCGUGA